AAAAAUGUUAAUGAAGAAUUUGACUAAGUUUCAACACAUCUCUCAUUUAUUGGAUAUUAAAAGAAUAGAGCUUAAUUGAAUUGGAAGAAGAAAAAUGGUGGAGAAGAAGCUGAAUUUCAAUCAACCAAUAUUAUCUGUGAGAAAAUACUCACCCAAGGGGGGCUUAAAUAUAGUUGAUAAAAGGGAAGGCCUCACAAUCAUACAUUGGCUUCCUCCUCAUAGACCAGAGGCGAACUCUGGUCCUACGAGUAACCCGGGCUCUGUCCCCUUCCUGUGGGAACAGAGCCCGGGACGGCCGAAAGAAGAGAUCCUAGCACAGUCUCACAACUGUGCUAGUCCAAGUUUUGAUGCAAGUAGUGAACCAGAUGUACAUGAAGGAGACGGUUCAGGAGCGAACGCGUUAGUUCUCCAACGAUACGCAGAGAGAGGGAGAGUAGUGGAUCAAGAAAAGGAAGCCGCACCCCACCGCAAGGAUAGUUUUGAGAGAGAAGGGAGUGAACAACAUGAAAAUGUGAUCACGGUAUGUUGCUUGCUGCCUCGAUCUCGCUUGAGGAGUUCGGUCUGCAGUCUGAAUCCCGUUCCUGCAAUUAGCCGCGUGAUGACAUUUCCGGUUAGUAGAAUGCUGUCUGAAUCUGCACUGUCUGGUUCCUCAACAGACAGUGAGAGUGAGUAUGCAGUUAUCCAAGCAUCCAAACUCGGUGAGAGCGAUGAGAAACGACACGGUCUUGAAGAGGCGCCGGGCAAGCAGAGCUUCAGAACCUUGCAGGAGCUACUGGCUGAUGAUGCUGUAAGAACUGUGCAGAGGGGAGAUGAUGUGAAGACAAGUAAUGAGACGAAGAUGAUUGAAGACUCGGGUUCAGAGUCAGACCAAGAUACGAGCAGCGAAGACAACAUACGGCUGGCCAUAAACAAAGCAGCUGAGGAAGCAAGAAUGCGGCUAACAAGAGAGGGUGUUGCUCCUCCACCACCACAGCCGCCUCUGCCCGCGUCUCCAUCAGAUUCUUGGCUUUCUCGCACUCUGGCGCCCGCCUCAGCAAAGAAGGCAUCAAGCUCUGCGUUAGCGUCCCGGUUCAGCAGCAACUGCUGAAAAUUACAGCUGAUUCUAUCAGUCCAUUCUCUACACUAGAAGACUUCUUGAUUUUUGUGGAAUUUCCAUCUUCUCUUGAAGCAAAGAAGCAAAAAAAAAAAAGGAAUGUUUUGUUUUAUACAAUCAGAAAUGCAAGCUGAUUAUAUUACAUUCCUAAAUCAUUUCAAGCUUCAUAGACCAACCAUAUGAUGAUAUGAUCACAUUCCUUAUAACAUUAAAUGUACUAUAUUUCUAACAUGAAUUAAAGGAUUGAAGGUAAUAAAAAUAGUUUGAUCUCAA